AGCCCCCAUCUUGGUGGGCAAACAAAACGGGCCAUCGCCACUACUGGCUACAUUAUCUCGGACGAAUUUCUCAUCUCAUCUCAUCUCAUCUCAUCUCAUUCUCUCUAGCCGCUUUAUCCUGUUCUACAGGGUCGCAGGCAAGCUAGAGCCUAUCCCAGCUGACUACGGGUGAAAGGGGGGGUACACCCUGGACAAGUCGCCAGGUCAUCACAGGGCUGACACAGAGACAAGAGAAUAUUCUUAGGAUGCUGGUUUCUUCUGAAGAGGAAGAACUUUACAUUUUGGACUGUUUUUCAUAUUUCAUGUUGCUCAUGGCUCUUAUGACAGGUUUAACUUUGCUCUCUGAGAAUGUCCCUUAUGGCAGGUAUACCUCUACCAAAUAUGGAUUUCCGGUUAAUGUGAAAGUGGCUUGGUUUGUUCAAGAGCUCCCUGCAUUUCUUGUGCCUCUGAGUUUAAUAUUAUGGGCUUCACCUGAGAAGAUAACAGACCUACCUAACCAGGUACUUCUGGCCAUGUACUUUUGCCAUUAUUUUCAAAGGUCUCUCAUAUAUCCGUUUUUAAUCCGAGGAGGAAAGCCCACACCGUUUGUAUCAUUUGCUCUGGCGUUUGUUUUUUGCAUUUAUAAUGGAUAUCUUCAAGUGAGAUACUUGAGCCAGUAUGCAGACUUCCCUGAGGGUUGGGUUUCACAUCCCUGCUUCAUCACAGGCUCCUGUCUAUGGCUUGUUGGAUGGAUAAUUAACCUUCAUUCUGACCACAUUCUGAGGAACCUGCGCAGUCCAGGAGAAACGGGCUACAAGAUACCCAGAGGUGGAGUGUUUGAGUACGUGUCCGGGGCUAAUUAUCUGGGUGAGAUCGUGGAAUGGGCUGGAUUUGCUCUGGCUGCUCACUCAGUCCACAGUUUUGCCUUUGCUUUCUUCACCUUAAUCAUUCUCUCUAGCCGAGCCUUCGCCCACCACAAGUGGUAUCUUGAGAAAUUUGAGGAUUACCCCAAAUCAAGGAAAGCUCUGAUUCCAUUUGUGUUGUGAAGAAAUAAUCAUAUUACACUCACCGGCCACUUUAUUAGAAACCCCCAUACCCCUGCUGUUUGAUGCCGUUCUCUAAUCAGCCGAUCCCUUGACAGCAGCACAAUGCAUCAAACCAUGCAGAUACAAAUCAAGAGCUUCAGUUAAUGUUCACAAUGUUCAAACAUCAGAACGGGAAAAAUUCUGAUCUCAAAGUGUGACUUUCUUUCACUGUGGCAUGGGUGUUGGUUUGAGCCUGAUGGACUGGUUUGAAUAUUUCAGAAACUGCUGAUCUCCUGGGGUUUUCACACACAACAGUCUCUAGAGUUUACACAGAUGGAAUGGUGCGAUAAACAAAAAACAUCGAGUGAGUGACAGUUCUGUGGGUGGAAACAAACACCUUGUUGAUAAGAGAGGUCAGAGGGAAAUGGCCAGAUUGGUUCUAACGGCCAGGAAGGAUAUAGUAACUCAUAGCAACUCUUUACAACCGUGGUGAGCAGAAAAGCAUCUCAGCAUGCAACAGCAGAACAACACAUCGGGUUCCGCUCCUGCCAGCCAAGAACAGGGAUCUUAGAAUCAAGAACAAGUUCCUAUUAAAGUGGCCGGUGAGUGUCCAAUGAACGUCAUACAUACCGUACAUUGCAUUCGGAAAUCGAAGGGAAUAUCCAUGAGUCAUGGCUAAAUAAUUACACCUCAACGCCUGAGUUUUGCUUCUUGUCAUGCAAACCGAGAGCAAAAUAGGAGAUAUUAGCUUGCAUAAAAACUCAUUUUCAAGGUUUUAAUCAUUUAUUACAAAUCUUAAAUUAAUUUCAGCACAUUACAGUCUUUUUGUCAUUUGGUUAAGUCGUCCCCUCACCACUUUCAUAUUUAAAAACAGACAAAUUAAGACAAAUUUGAAAAGUGUUUUUAAAAAAAACCAAGCGCUUUUUUUCAUGAACUUAAAUAGUGUUAGUCUAAAGUCCUUCCUGCACAAACUCUUCCCAGUAAUAACCAGGCCCUUAAAGCGCAUUGGGCGGCGCCGCUCUCCGUUUCCAUAGCCCUUGGCCUCUCGCCUAUACGCACAUAGGGCUAGUUCUCUGCUACCUGUGACAGUUUGAUUCCCCACUCAUAUCUGCAUUGCAGCGUGCCUUGCCAGACAGCAGUCCGCACCAUUUUUAUGAUUGUCUUUAGUAAGACCCAACUGUGAGUAGAACUCGCGAUCUCCCAGUCAAGAGGCAGACACGCUAACCACGAGGCCAGCUCUCAGUUAAAUAGUGUGAGUAGAGUGGAUGAAAUAAAGUUUGUCUCUCAACCUUGAAAUCCUCUAAGCCUGCUUUUCAACAAGGUCUGUCAAAAAUGUUACCGUGGGGGCUGUAAUUCUGCAGUUUAACACUUCAACACUUGUAUGUGGGAUUUUUUGAACAACAGUUUAUUUUCAAUGAGGACAGAAAUCCGUUUUACAGUAACAUCAUCAGAUAUUUUAGAUAUUUAGAUGAUGUUCUUUGUGUUUUUAAAGGGUCUCAAAAUGAGUUGAAUGAAUUUACCACACACUUGAACAAAAUGAGCCCUGACCUGAAAUUCACUGUGGAGUUUGACUCGAAACGUGUGCGUUUCUUAGAUAUGUGGAUCAGACUAGAAGAUGGGAAAUUGACCACAACCCUCUACCGAAAGGAAACGGACCGUAACUCUUUCCUGUUGGCAAGCAGCUCACAUCCUAGUGCCCUAAAAAACGGACUGCCCAAGAGUCAGUUCUACAGACUUAGGCGGAUCUGUCACUCCACUGAAGAAUAUGAGGAGAAUGCAUUAGAAAUGAAACAAAGAUUUUUGGCUAGGGGUUAUCCCAUGAAGACUGUUGAGGAGGCAUACAACAUUGCCCUGUCCACGCCACGGCCACAUCUUCUGAAAAAAAGUGUGAAAAAAGAUAAAAAGUUUUCAGUUUCUUGCAUUACUACUCAUCUCAUCUCAUUAUCUCUAGCCGCUUUAUCCUGUUCUACAGGGUCGCAGGCAAGCUGGAGCCUAUCCCAGCUGACUACGGGCGAAA